CCGAAAUCAAAGCUCUGGGCCCGUUCCCGACGGCUCUACGGUAGGAAGACUUCUGACAGAGGAACGCUCGUGGGUUCGGGCCUCUGCAGAUGGUUCCGAGGGAGCCGACGAGACGGAGGGAUACGUUUCCGCUCCUCGGGGGCCUGUUGGUUCGUGCCGACGCCUUUUAAGGGCACCGUGGGGCGAAAGGAGCGCUCAGAGCUGCUCCGGCCGCGGCCCUGGGAGCUGGAGGAGCCGCGACUCAGCAGGCAUGACUGGAGAGGGGAGUCCCAAUGGUGCUAGAAUGGUGCUGCACUGGCAGAAGACGGCUCACGAGUGAGGUCUGGAAGAACAACAGGGAAGACAUCCAUCAUUUGCUCCAAAGUGUGCAAGUCAGAUCCUGGGGAGAAACAUGAUAACCCUGAUCACUGAACAGCUACAGAAGCAGACUCUGGAUGAGCUGAAAUGCACACGCUUCAGCAUCAGUCUGCCUUUGCCUGAUCAUGCGGACAUAUCCAACUGUGGGAACCCUUUCCAGCUUGUGUCUGAAGGUGCUUCCUGGAGGGGCCUGCCCCACUGUUCCUGUGCUGAAUUCCAGGACAGCCUCAACUUCAACUACCAUCCUUCAGGCUUGAGCCUGCACCUCAGACCACCCAGUCGGGGAAGCUCCCCACAGGAGCAGCCUCUCUCCCAAGUCCUGCACCCUGAGCCCCCAGACCCGGAGAAGCUUCCUGUGCCCCCCGCCCCUCCAUCCAAGAGGCACUGCCGCUCACUCUCGGUGCCUGUGGACCUGUCUCGCUGGCAGCCGGUGUGGCGGCCCGCCCCCUCCAAGCUGUGGACUCCCAUCAAGCACCGGGGCAAUAGUGGAGGGGGUGGGCCGCAGGUGCCUCACCAGAGCCCUCCGAAGCGGGUCUCCAGCCUCAGGUUCCUCCAAGCUCCCAGUGCCUCUUCUCAAUGUGCCCCAGCCCACAGACCCUACAGCCCUCCUUUCUUCAGCCUGGCCCUGGCCCAAGAUUCCUCUCGACCUUGUGCCACCUCCCCUCAGAGUGGCUCCUGGGAAAGUGAUGCUGAGUCCCUGUCACCCUGCCCACCCCAGCGCCGCUUCUCCCUGUCACCCAGCCUGGGUCCGCAAGCAAGCCGCUUCUUGCCCUCUGCUCGAAGUUCCCCUGCAUCCUCUCCAGAGCUGCCCUGGCGACCACGAGGUCUCCGGAACCUUCCCCGAAGCCGCUCACAGCCUUGUGAUCUAGAUGCCCGCAAAACGGGGGUCAAACGGCGCCAUGAGGAGGACCCCCGGCGCCUGCGGCCUUCCCUGGACUUCGACAAGAUGAAUCAGAAACCGUACUCAGGAGCUCUCUGUCUCCAAGAAACAGCCCGGGAAGGCAACAGCAUCUCCCCACCAUGGUUUAUGGCCUGUAGUCCCCCACCUCUCUCUGCUUCCUGCAGCCCCAUUGGGGGUUCCUCCCAGGUGCUGAGUGAAAGUGAAGAGGAAGAGGAGGGGGCUGUACGGUGGGGGCGGCAGGCACUGAGCAAGAGGACACUAUGCCAGCAGGACUUUGGGGACCUGGAUCUGAAUCUGAUUGAAGAGAACUAAAACUGAGAGGCUACUUCCUGGGGCCACACAGACUGACUCUCUUAUGGCUACUAACAAGUGUCGAGGCCCCCAGGCUGAGGGCCCAGCCUGUGAAUGGGGGUGAGUGGAGGGCUCCGACUCAGGGUAGCCGGAAGUCUUCUCACUCCAGCAAGCUCGACCAUGCCAAGAAACUGGCCGGGACAAGAUAAACAGAGCUGAUGGCGGGAGGGACAGCCCCAGAGCAGACCCUCCCUGUGGUGGCCCUGAGUGUGAGUAUCCCUGCCACUGAGAAAGCAAUGGGCAGGGACGGAAGGGGUCUGCUGACCCCAGCUCGGGGAAUUUCACUAGCCCCUUUGCUUCAAAGGGCACUUGUGUCUUAGAAUUUGGCCAGGGUGGGGGUGUUCAGUCAGCCUCCUCAGAGAAAUUGUGUGAGUGUGCGUGCGUGCAUGGGAGUGUACUUGCGGAAAGGUGUGUUUGCGUAGCCUUAGGGAAGGAAGGCAGUUGCUCCAUUAACAGAGCAUCAUGAUACCCCCAGGAUCUUGAGGUUUUUUUUUUUAGAACAGCAGGCUUGUUCAAGGAGUCAAGAGGAGGCUCCAAGUUUUCCUUUCUUAAUAGCGCUAGAACCCAGGCUUGUAAUCCAUCACUGGCUCUGCAAAAAUUCUCUUUUGGGGUACAGCAGAGUCUUUCAAGUGCUCUGACCUCAGCCACUGGUAAUUUUUUGCCCUCAGUCCUGUUCUGUUCCCUCUAGAUAGAUGUGGCAUUGAGGGCUGCAUUGAGGUCACCACAUUUUUAUUUUUGUUUUGUUUUUUUCCCCUGAGGCUGGCUUUUUUUUUUCCCUCAUUAGAUUGUUUAACUAUAAACAACCUGCCUCUCUCACUCUUAGUAGGCCCAAGCAUGUGCGAGCAACUGAGGCAUAGCUAAAGGGUUCUAUUUCUCUCUUCCUCAUUGAGGGGACCUUUUCCUCUCAUCUUCUGAUUCUCCAGAUCAGAGACCAGGUAGCAAGCCUGUGUCUUGGUCCCCAGCAUCUGUUGAGGUAGACCUGAGGCAGGAACAGUGGCCUUCAGUUCUCAGCAAAUAGAUGAGCUCGCUUCAUUACUGCCCACUGGAAGCAGACUAUAGGGAUCCAGGCCCAGAUUCUUUUCUGACCUGCUUGAGAAGGAGGCUAGGUUUUCAACAUUUACUAGUUUACUUGUCUUCCACUCCUGCCAGGAAAUGUUUAUUUACCUCUAAUUGGCCCUAAGAGACUACAGAGAGGCUGGGACUCACUUAGGGAUUGGCUGAGAUGUGUAAAGCAAAGGCUGUGAGAAGCAGCUGAGAGUUUGUUGUUGGAUUGAAUUUCGUUUUUGUUUCUAGCCCAUAACUUGAGCUAGGGCAGUAGAGCCAGUGGCUGCAGCGUGAGUUUAAGGACUGCAAUUAUUUUGCUAGGGCUGGCACCAGUGGAUAUGCACACUGAAGCGGUCACCAUAGUAGCCCAUGAGGCACUGUGUAGCUUUGAUUAGAAGACUCUGCAUGACCAAAUUGGACCUGCCCUUCCUGUUUAUUGCAUGAAGGGCAUUUUUCUGUUCAAUUCCCAGGGUGUCUAGGGACCCAAUUCUUCAUAUUAGAGAAGGCGAGAAGGGUCCCUAUAUCCCUCCCCCCACCCACCCCGGAAUUGAGCCUAAUGUUCUCUGUAUCUCCCAUACGUUGCAUAGGAGCUAUCACUGGGGCUCCAGUCUUCUUGCCUUCACUUCAGAGGAAGUGGCUAUGUCCUCAGACGCUCCAGGUCUAGUUACCACGUAUCACCAGCUCUCUUGAGAUCUGAGAGAGGCUCUCUAAAGAAUUAAGUGAAGCAGUGAGCCCAGGAGUUGCCCAUCUUUAGUUUCAUCCCUUCCCUGGUUCUUCUCCCUCUUCAGUUCAUAAUUUCCCUGGUAUAUCAGCUUCUUUUCCUCCUGGGACAUCCUCUUCCCUUGGCUCUCUGGUGCAGAUUAACUGUUCCAGCUUCCAAUAGGCUACUGUCAAUGCCAAUGAGGACUCUGCUGGACCUAAACUGAAGAAGUGAAGCCUCUAUCCUGUUUUGGUUUGUUUUUUUAAAAGCCCGAGGGCACCAUCCUUAAACGAGAAGGCCUAUAGUUGUUCUGUUUUAAUUCCAUUACUUCAAGCCUGGGAGUCAAAUUAAUCCAAACUAUCUUGCUUCCUAAAGAGCUGUGGCCCUGGAACAAGCCUUUUCGAGAAGUGGUUCAUUUUGCUUUACACAAUAGAUCGAUUCCAACAGUUCUGUGUAAACCAAAUGCUAUUUUUGACGCAUUUGGAUUGCUGAUCAUUUAAAAGCAGCCUAUGAUUGCUUCUUUUGUAAAGCGAGCAACCAUCCCUUAGCCCUCUACUUUAGCUGUUUUGAUUAUUUGGGUUCUCACAUACUGGGCUUACCCAGAGUGGAGCACACACCUCCAGGGCUCGUGGCUGAUGCUGGGUAGCUGUCUGCCUCUGUGCUGCGUGUGUAGUGUGGCUGGCCAGUAGGUGAGUAUUCCUGCGUGUGUGAGUGAAGCCACUCCCAGGCUGGUGCUCUCCUCUUGUGCCCGGUGACUGCCCAGUGGCAGCCUCAGCUGCCCUUCACUCCCACCUGCUGCCAAAGUCCCUGUGCUAAUGGGAUUACAAAAAAAAAAAAAGAAACAAAAAGUGGAAAAAAAAAUUUUUUCGUAAACUUUGUUUUAUAUGAAAAAAAAAAAUUCCAUAAGUCUGUGUGUGUUAAACAUGAGGUUCUGCCUCUGUGGCUGUGUUUGAAAAAAUAAAGUUUUAUUAGAAUAA